UGCAGAGUAGACUUCAUCUAACUCAGCCUUGACACACUCACCUUCUCUGAAGGUGUUCAGUGUGCAAGAAUUUGAUUUUUGAUUUAGUUUUGUGCUCUUUUGCAAAGACAGGAGACUAUUUCUUACAAUGGGUUCAGAGGAAAAAUCGGUGGAGGCUGCGGAUCGUCCGUCUCAAAAAGAAGAGGGAUCACCAGAGAGGGAAAGAACCGAGCACCUAGAGGAGGAAGCACCCCAGUCCACGGUCCUGCUAAGCACCUACAAAUGGCAAACUGGCUCCAAGGGAUCCCUUCAUGAGUUGUUGGAAGAUGGAACAUGUUCACCUGAGAAGUCUCAAAGAGGCAACAAGUGGAACAAGAAGCAAACAUGGCGCAAGGCCUUAAGUGAGGACUCCGAAGACAAAGAAACCAAGAUGAACUCCGCACGAAAGAACCCUUUCAGAAGGGCCUUCUCAAUGCCCACCACCUCGUUUUUUUCCACCCUGACGCAAUCGUCCUGCAGCCCUGGAGGCGCAUCAGAGGCAGACUGCGACUCGUCUACUGACCUCCAGCAAGAAGGCGGAGGGGCCCGCUUCAAAAAGUACUGGAGGUCCGUGUCUCAGAAGCUGAAAAGGCCCAGACUCCACAGCCGGAACAGCACCCCCGCAUUGUUACCAGGUUUGGAUGAAGGUGAGAAUAAAGAUCACCACAAACUUCAAGAGGUUCUCCUGUGGAACAUCACCAACUGUGUUCUUGAAGAGGGAAAGAUUCUCAUUUCCCCGGAAGAAGAACCCACAAUCUGGACCCGGGACCGUGUCAACAGCUGCCUGUCCGUCCUCAGCAUGCAGAACCUGGUGGAUAUGGAAACAGAAUGUACUCCUGACCACUUGAGCCCUCGAAAGAAAGAAGACGGCAGGGUGAAGGCACUGAUCAAGAGACGGCUUGAGAACAAGGCAAAGAGAAAUAACAACACUCAAGCGAACUCAGUGGGACUUCACAAAGGAAGCAGACACUACGAGUCCAAGGAGUCUGUGUCGAUUUCAGUGAGUCCAGUGGGAAGUUUGGAUCUAAGUGCAGAUGCCAGCACUGUCAUCAGGCCAGUCCACAGCUCCAUUUUAGGGGAGAAAUACUGCUUUGAGGUCAUCAACUCUGAGAGCACACAUUGCUUUGGCUGCUCCUCAGCUGCGGAACGCGAUCGAUGGAUUGAAGACCUGAGACGGGCCGCCCAGCCCAACAAGGAUAACGUCGAGCGCACAGAGAGCUCCCUCAGUCUGUGGGUGAAGGAAGCCAAGGACCUGCCACCCAAACGCAGUUAUUACUGCGAGCUCCACCUGGACGGGAUUCUGUUCGCACGUUCAACCAGCAAGGUGUCUAGUCGCUCCAGUCUGGCCGGGGACGGCUCGACUGGCUCCUCCGGACACCCGGGUGGGAGUGGAGCCGGGACCAACGGCUUUCAGUUAUUCUGGGGGGAGUUCUUCGAGCUCGACAAUCUUCCCUGCAUCUCCCAAAUCACCUUACACCUUUUCUGCGGUGAGGACCUUAAAAAGAAGCGGCAUUCCCGAGAGGAGUUCAGCCCGCAUCUGCUCGGCAGCGUGGAUAUACGCUUGGCAGAGAUCCGAGGCAGAGCCUACCAGGAAAAGUGGUACCGCAUCGUUCCUUACAAAGCCUCUGCCACGGCAUGCGGCAAAGAACUUCUGGGGCCGCAGGCUUCCCUCCGCAUCAAAGCUCGGUUUAGGAACCUGCAGGUUUUGCCUAUGGAGAAAUAUAAGGAGUUUGCCGAGUAUCUGACCGUGGAUUAUGUAGAAAUGUGUAAAAGCUUGGAGCCACUUCUGAACGUCAAGGAAAAGGAGGAGCUGGCAGGAGCUCUGGUGCACGUGCUGCAGAGUAUCGGCAAAGCAAAGGAGUUUCUCGCCGAUUUGGCCAGCGCCGAGGUUGAACGUCUCGGUGAGAAGGAAGCACUCAUCUUCAGAGAGAACAGCCUUGCCACUAAAGCCAUAGAUGAAUACAUGAAGCUGGUCGGACAGAAGUACCUCAUCGACACACUCGGGGACGUUAUUACAUGUCUCUAUGGGACAGGGGACAACUGUGAAGUUGACCCUCGCAAAUGUCAUCCCUCCGAACUGUCAAACAACCAGAAGCACUUGAGAGAAGUGUGUGACGAGGCAGUGCGGAAAAUUUUAGACCUACACGGACACUUUCCUGAAGAGUUGAACUCAAUUUUCUCAAGCUGGACAGAGAUGUGUAAAGACCAGGGAAAACCAGAGAUCGGUCAACGUCUCAUCUCAGCUUCGCUCUUCCUUCGCUUCUUGUGUCCAGCCGUCCUCAGUCCUUCCCUUUUUGGUUUGACACAAUCGUACCCGGAAUCGAAAACACUGCGCACCCUCACCUUAACUGCAAAAGUCAUCCAGAACCUGGCAAACUUCACCUUAUUUGGUGAGAAGGAGGAGUACAUGCUGUUCAUGAAUGACUUCUUACAGCAGCAUUGGGACAGAAUGAGAGGCUUUCUGCAAACCGUGUCCAAUCCUUACACAGAGACCCCGAUGAGCUCAUUUGACGGCUAUGUGGAUCUACCUUUGCGACUUGCUGUGUUGCAUGGUCUCCUGGUGGAUAUCAUCCAUCAUAGGGCACAGGAAACAAUAGAGAAGUUGCACCCUCUACCUUGGAUUCUAAACCAGAUAACGGAGUCAUUGAGCCCCGAGAUACCUCGGAUCCCAAUCGACAGUCCAAGUACACAAGUUAAGCCAAUGUAUGUUCCUCCUAAAGACCUGAACAAGUUCAGCCCUCACCACUCAUCUCUCCAGCAGCUUCCUCAGGACUCCAAAAGUCUAACAGAGUGCGAUGGCCAAGUACAGAGAAGGAAGCCCAUCACCAGAACUCAGAGUGCCCCUCAUAGACGUCUUGAAAAGAGAAUGAAGAGGCACACAAGUACUGAAGCUCUGCCCACUGCCAACCAUCAACAAGACUUGGAAACAAGGCAGCCUCUUAUCUCGUCACCAAAAUCUAAUGAGCCAAACAAGGCCUGUGCACCAGUUCCCUGGAUUAAAGACAUCCAGAGGGGGGACCCCAGUGAGAUGAAACCUGAGCAGGAAGGGCUCAGCUUACUGGAUCAACAUACCCAAGAAUUGUCGGAGCUCCGGCUGGGAGUAGACCAGGUAACUGAGCGUGAGCUGGAAAUGGCAAAGCGACUGGAGGACUUCAUUGUCCAAAGUCUGGACCAGAAUGCAAUGCUGGAGGCUGAAGUGAGAGAGCUCCGGAAUCUGCUGAGCGUGAGAGAGGAGCAGCUUUGCAGCACCACCUUCAGGUUGGAUGUGAUUGAGGAGGAGCGGGAGAAUGAUGAGCGGAAGAUGAAUGUCGCCAUGGCAGCAGCUGAGCGAAUGAAUGUAUUGGAGGAGCAGUUCGGAGACUUGUUAAAGGACAUCCGUCGGCUCGAUGAGGCCUUCAACAAAAACCUGCAAGCUGAUGAAAAGCAACUUAUUUAGAUUUCGUAGCUAUGCUUUUUUCCACAAUGUUGAGCAUGUCCAGUUUGGUUAGAUCGACUCGUGUAGAUGAUUUUACUUGAGUAAAAAUCAAGAUUAGGCUCAAUCCUAAAUGGAUUAAAUACAGCCUGUCCACUUAAUGUGUGGUGAGGUUAAUGACUUGUUUCUUACAUUCUAAAUUCUUCUUCUCUAAAGUUGUUCAAGGAGAGGAUAAUAAGAAGAAUACUUUCAAAUACUUCCUAAUUCCAUAAAAAAAAAAUAAUACUAUAAAACAAAAAACAAUUCGUGUUGACACUUUUAUUUGUAUACAAAAAGCCAUCCGUCCAGUGCUGACCUGUCACCAUACUUGCCAACCCUUCCGGAUUUUCCGGGAGACUCCUGAAAUUCAGCGCCUCUCCCGAAAACCUACCGGGACAAAUUUUCUCCCGAAAUUCAGGCGGAGCUGAGUGAGGACGGCCUGUUUUCACAUCCGCUUUCCCACAAUAUAAACAGCGUGUCUGCCCAAUGACGUUAUAACUGUAGAAUGAUCGAGGGCGAGUUCUUGGUUUCUUAUGUUAGGCAGUUUCAUUAACGUCCUCCCACCGCGGUAACAACACACAACAAAAGCAGUCACGUUUACGUCUACCGUAAAGCUGUUCGUCUGCCGUAAACAGCAAUGUUGUGACACUCUUAAACAGGACUAUACUGCCAUCUACUGUACAUGCAUAUGGUUAGAGAAAUAGUGACAGAGAAUAGAAUAAGGAUGGACAAUUCAACCCUUAACUCAACAAUGAGUAGAUGAGUGUUAUGUGUGUGUAUAUGUGUAAAUCAGGGUUAGGGAACCUAUGGCUCGCGAGCCAGAUGUGGCUCUUUUGAUGACUGCAUCUGGCUCUCGGAUAAAUCUGAGCUGACAUCGCUUGACACGAUAAGUAAUGAAUAAUUCCACUUGUUAAAAAUAACGUUCAAAAUAUAAAGCAUUCUCAUGCUUUUUUAUGUUCAAGAAGUUGCGAUAAUGGUAAGAAGUAAUUUAUUUAUUAUUGGUUAGUGUGGGGCUUACCUUCCUGGGGGUUCUUCAGACCACCAAGCACCGAACAUGAGAGCCUGUUUCAGGGUUACAAUAUUGUUUUAUUUUUCAGUAAGUCUCUCAGUUGAUUUCCAGCAGUUGUCUUUUUCUCUUUCGUUCUCGCUCGCGCUCUGGCUCCAGCCCCAACCCCGUCUCUCCUCCUGGCUGCUGCUUAUAACAGAGCGACAGGUGAUUAGAUAACAAGGCCCAGGUGGGCCGUCUACGCACCUGUCGCUGAUUUCGAGGCCGGUCCUGGCACACCCUGCUUCGCUGCAGGCCCGCAGACCACGUCCCCUCCACAGUUAGCAUCAGAAUAACAAUGUUAUUCCAAAGAAUAAGAGACUUAUUAUACUCUAGAAAUGUUGGUCUUACUUCAAAAUGCACGCGUUUAGUUGUGUUCAGUGUUAAAAAUAUAUAUUAUAUGGCUCUUACAGAAAUACAUUUUAAAAUAUUUGGCUUUCUUGG